UGUUAUAAUGCAUGGGAGCUCAAAGGGAGUGAUUUAGCUCAGUUUUCAUCCUAGUGUUUUGUUUACGUGGGAGAGGUUUUUUCAUGUCCGUUUCACCGUUGAGAUCCCUUCUCAGUAACUUUCGAAAGCCUCCGUUAGCUUCUCAGUCAUGUAUCAGCCAUUAUCAGCCCAUGUUAUCAUCAUUAUCUGGCAAGCAUAAUCAAAAUAUUUCAGUGACUUCACAUGACGAACGUAAUAACUCUUGUAACUAACUCACCUAUAUUAUUUAUUUUGAGGUAAUACCCAAACGUUUAGCUUCAGAGACCCAAAACUGGCCCAUGUGGCUAAGUCGAAUUCAGAAGUUAUUCGUGCAUUACUAGUUUUCAAAAUAUGCUCCUUUCCAACACUUGUUAAGCAUAACAAAAAGCUUAUGGAUAUUUCCAGGAAAAUAUUUGGAAGGUCGUUGUUUCGGUUAAUAAUGAAGAUGACAUUCUAUGGGCAUUUUGUUGCAGGUGAAAAUGAAGCCAGUAUUCAGCCAUUAAUUACGCGUCUCAAGAAGUAUGGAGUAAAAUCAAUACUUGACUAUAGUGUUGAGAAGGACAUACAAGAAGAUGAGGCCGUCCAGAUAGUGAAAAAAAGCUUAAGUGAAGUGUUACGAACCCCCGAAAAACGACCCGAGGCAGCAACUAAACAGUAUCAAAUCAGUGUUCGGUUCGCCAAUCGUACGAAGCAGGUUGUUGGGGCUCGCUCGUACUUUUAUAAGUCUGAAUAUCAGUGUGACCGUAAUAUGGAGACAUUUAUGAAAUGUAUUGAUGUUUCUUCAAAAUACGGUGAAGAUCGUGGUUUUACUGCAAUUAAACUUACAGCGCUCGGACGACCCCAACUUUUGCAACAAAUGUCUGACUUUUUAGUUCAAAUGAAACGGCUGUUCUUCCUACUUACCAAAGCGGAUAACGGACAGAAAGGUGGACUUGCAUCUCUUGAUCUAGACAAUUUUCGUAAAAAACUGGAAGCAUUAGGCGUAAAGAUUGCAUAUGACGAAGAAGUUAAGUGGUUUACUUUGUUGGAUGUCUCUGGAGAUGGUGUUUUAGAUCUACUUGAUUGGAGUCACUUAAAGGCUUUUGAAUACGACCUUGCAAGUCUGUUUAUUCUAAAAAAUAAAAAGACUGGUGAAGUAGAACAGCUUGUACCUACACUUACAACUGAAGGUAUUGAGGAAAUGCGGAAUAUGAUAAAACGUGUCGAUACUUUAGCAAACUAUGCGAAAUCUGUUGGAGUUCGAGUUAUGGUGGAUGCAGAGCAAUCAUAUUUUCAACCUGCUAUAAGAAGAUUGAUUAUAGAAAUGAUGCGUUUAUUUAAUAAAGACAAGGCUGUAAUAUUUGGAACCUACCAGUGUUAUCUGAAGGAAACACUUGAAUCACUUAUUCAAGAUUUAAAUCAUGCUGCUACAGAAAACUUUUAUUUCGGUGCAAAGUUAGUCAGAGGAGCUUAUAUGGAUCAGGAGCGUGCACGUGCCAAAGAGUUAGGAUACGAAGAUCCAAUCUGUUCAGAUUUCAACGCUACAACAGCCAUGUAUGAAUCAUGCCUAGAGGAGGUGUUUAAAGCUAUUAAAAAACGCAAAAGCGGUCAAGUUAGUGUUAUGAUAGCCAGUCAUAAUGAAGAUACCGUUCGAUAUGCUUUAAAAAAAAUGCAUGAAUAUAAUGUAUCACGUGAAGAUCGACUUAUUUGUUUUGGUCAAUUGCUUGGAAUGUGUGAUCAAAUUAGUUUUACAUUAAGUCAAGCUGGCUACUCUGUAUACAAAUAUGUUCCAUAUGGUCCUGUUGAAGAAGUUUUACCAUAUCUAUCUAGACGUGCAUUAGAAAAUGGUUCCGUGCUAAAUUGUACACUUAGAGAACGUCAGCUUUUAUGGUCUGAAUUGAAAAGGCGUUUAUCGAAUGGGCAAUUCAUUUAUAAACCAUAGAUUAACUUAUAAACAGGUGUGUGUGUGUGUGUGUAAAAGUUAGUUUUGAUUUUGGUCAUUCUACUUGACUUCAUCUAUUCUUUUCUUGCUUAUUUCCUUGAUCUAUCACAUCUUCCUAUUUAUAAUUGCGUGUUCAAAUGUAUGUAUUCGAUUGUGUAGUUAGUGUAUAUUGUAUCUUGCACACUUAUAUUAUUGUAUAAAACAAAAACAAAUUUCUACUACUGUUAAUUUUCUUCUUUCUGUGAAUUCUUUCUAUUGUUUUCACAAAUUUCGUACUUUCCAACCAAUAUCCUUGGUGUAUAUCUGUCUUACAUUGAAGUAAUCAACUUCAAUGAUCUCAAAGCUUCUAUCAAAUAAUAAAUAUGUUGUAACUAACUUUAUUAUACUGGCAAGUCAAUCGGAAUCAAGAUAUAAUUUUUUAGUUUUUACUCAAAAUCAAAAGACAAGUCAUGACAACAAUAUCUUUACGAAUAAAUUUACAGAA